AUGAUGACCUCCACAUCAGUCGAGCAACUCUUACCGUUCGCUGAAGCGACAAGAGUAACUAAACUAAAUUCGAAUGUCUAUGGUGCCAAGCUUGCGUCUGCUUGGUGCAUUGGUUCAGUACCAAAUGGCGGCUACGUGGCAUCGGUAAUUCUGCAGGCUGCAUCACUCCAUCUCGCAGCUCGCGGUCAACCAGAUACAAUAUCAGCUCACUUCGAGUAUGUGAACCGUACAGAAGUCGGCCCCGCGAUCUUGGUGGUUGACGAGGUAAAACUCGGGCGAACGCUCUCGACGUUGCACAUCACUCUCUAUCAGCAUGACCUCCAGUCUUCAGAACCUUGGAUUGGCUCCAAUUCGCGUAAAAAUGUUGUGGCUUAUCUCACCAACACUUCCAUAAGCCUUGAGAAGGGUCUCACGCUCGACAGCGGUUGGGCAAUGACACCACCAUUGAAACCGGUUAAUUUCACCCUCCUUACGCUUGAUAAUGACCCGCACUGGGUCAUGAUGGGUCAGAAGACAGCCCGAUCAAUCUCAUUCGCUCGCGCCCAUCAUAAUGUAGAGCAUUAUGUCCCCCGUGAAGGUGUCCGUCGCGGGAUGGCGGACAUGUGGCUUCGUCUAAAAGGGGGUCAGAAAUUUACGAACGCCGCUCUCGGCUAUGUUGCCGACGCGUACCCGACCAUUAUAGAGGGUUGGAGACCCCGUCGUGAUGAAGAACAGACUCCUUUUCGUUCUGACGAGAUGUUUUGGUAUCCGACGCUUACGUUGAAUUUGGACGUGAAGAGGGGUCUGCCUGAAACUGGAGUCGAAUGGCUUUUCAUUCGAACCAUGGCAAAGGUUAUUCGAAAUGGCAGAUUAGACUUGGAAGUUAUCGUACUAGAUCAAGACCAAAACGUGGUGGCACUCAGUAAUCAUGUUAAUAUGGUCCUCUCAGCAGAACGGAACCUGAAGGAGCGAAGCCACGCAAAACAGAAGCUUUGA